AACACGUGAAUUGCAACAAAGCAACGUGCAAAUAUUAGGAUUUAAAAAGUGAGAAAUCAUGGCUAAAACAUCAAAACGUAAAGCUAAAAUGAAUCAAAAGAACAAGGAGAAGAGUAAAGGAAGCAGUACAAACCCAGAUACCCACUCCAAGAAAGAUGGAGGUCAGAAUGCAAGAACGAAGAACACUGUGGCCAGACUUAACAUGUAUCGAGAUGAGGGGAAACCCACUAGGAACAGACACGGGAAGAUUAUAAAGGCAGCAGCUUUCCAAUCAAGGGCAACCCCCGGAGAAGUUGCACGCGUUGAACCAAACAGAAAAUGGUUUGGUAACACCAGGGUUAUUACUCAAAGUGCCUUGCAAACAUUUCAAAGUGAAAUGGGAAAAGUAAUAAAAGAUCCUUAUAAAGUUAUCAUGAAGCAGAGUAAACUACCUCUAUCUUUACUGCAUGACAGAUCCAAGACAUCAAGGGUUCAUUUAUUGGACACAGAAAGUUUUGGCACAACAUUUGGUCCAAAGGCCCAAAGAAAGCGACCGACAAUAGCUGCAGGUGAUAUGGAAUCUCUUGUUUCACAUGUGCAGGAGUCCACAGAUAAAUAUGAUUGUGAUAAAGAUCAAGAUUUGACCAGAAAUGAACCGGAUUCAAAAUCCCUUGCAAUGGAGUCGGUCUUUAGUAAAGGGCAAUCAAAGAGGAUUUGGAAUGAGUUAUAUAAAGUUAUAGAUUCUUCUGAUGUUGUACUUCAGAUUCUUGAUGCUAGAGACCCACAAGGAACAAGGUGUUUACAAGUUGAGAAAUAUUUAGCCAAAGAAAAACCACACAAACAUCUUCUCUUCGUCUUGAACAAAUGCGAUCUGGUUCCAACCUGGGUGACUCAACAAUGGGUGACCAUCCUAUCCUCGGAGUAUCCGACACUUGCUUUCCACGCUAGUUUAACCAACCCAUUUGGAAAAGGAGCGUUAAUCAACACACUACGCCAGUUUUCUAAGCUCCACAGUGACAAAAAGAACAUCAGUAUUGGUUGUAUUGGUUAUCCAAAUGUUGGCAAAAGUUCAAUCAUUAAUACGUUACGAUCAAAGAAAGUUUGUAAUGUCGCGCCAAUUGCAGGAGAAACUAAGGUUUGGCAAUAUGUGACAUUAAUGCGGAGAAUAUUCCUCAUCGACUGUCCAGGUGUGGUCUAUCCCUCGGGGGACUCUCCAACUGACAUUGUUCUAAAGGGCGUGGUUCGUGUGGAAAAUGUUGAGAAUCCGUCAGAUUAUAUUGACGCUGUUCUGUCCCGUGUGAAGAAGGAGUACCUGGCAAAGACGUACAAACUCUCAGACUGGUCAAACGCGACGGAGUUUCUUGAGAAACUCGCGGCUAAGAGUGGAAAAUUAUUAAAGGGAGGUGAAGCAGAUGUCAACACCGUUGCUAAGAUGGUUUUGAAUGAUUUCCAGAGAGGAAAGUUGCCUUAUUUUGUGUCUCCGCCGUCACAGCCGGCCUCCUCGGAAACAGACAAGGCUGGGACAGCCAUAAAAAUUCCAAGUUUGGAAGAAACAUUUGUGAAAGGUUCCAGUAAAAGUUCUUCAACUAUUUCUGAAGACGGCGCUUAUUGUGACACUGAGAAUCAGAGUGAUGUCACUAGUGGUGACGUCAUCAGUCAUAGCCAUGACGUCACGCAAAAUGACGAUGAAGUAAAGGCUCGUAAAGAUGACAAUACAAAUACUGGAACAAACGAACUAAAUCUCAACGUGGAUAUCUCACAAAAUGUCACGAACGAACGUGAUGACGUCUCCAAAGGUGACGUCAGUAAAGAGGUUGAUGACGUCACAGACGUAGUGAAAGAAAGGGUGAAUAAGGGUGACGAGGAGAAGGAAAGGAAUAAUUCCAUAGAUAAAGAACGAGAAGAUAAAAUGACUUUAAAGGUGAAACAGGAUUUACGAAGGAUAAAAGCUACUGUGGAAUUUGUCGACGAAGAUGUUCGAGAUGAGCCGGGAUAUGAGGGAGAUUGGGACCUAAACAGUGGUGAGAGUGAAGAGGAGGACUCGGAACUAGAUGUCGAUGAUGACAAUAAUGAUGAUAUUUGUGAUUAUAAUGAUAACAUUGACAAUGAUAUUGAUCAUUGUGAGGAUAUAAGUGAUGAUGUUGAAGAAAAUAUUGGCGAUGGUAAUUGUGAUCAUAAUGUUAAUAUGCAUUCUAUUGAUAAUGAUCAUAUUGAUGAUAAUGAUGAUGAUGUAGCUGAGAAAUAUAUUGACAAAACGCAGAAAGUGGCAAGAACUUCAUCUAAAAAGAAGAAAAGUUCAAAAGUCAAAAGGAAAGACGGCGUUGAUACUGGAAAAGAAGUUAUUGAAACAACGUCGAAGAAAUUCGUUGUGAAGGAAACACCGGAGAUCUUCAUGAUGGAAGCAGUUGACCAGAAGAAAGGUUCGAAAAAGCAAAAACUCAGCAGACAGCGAAAAAGGAAAUCCUUAGACGAAGAAUGUGACGAUGCUGUGCCUAAAAAAAAGCAAAAGUCGACGCGGAAAAUGAAGACAGGCGUGCAUUACUAUUCUGAAGUUAAUGUCAAGAAUAAGAAUAGGAACAAGAAAAGUAGUUCUACAAGCCAGCGGUCAAACAAAGGAAAAAAGAAACGGUCGUAAAACAGAAAGGUCAGACACACGAAGUUGCAUGCAGGUAAUUUUGAAGAAGUAAUCCAAAUAUUUCAUAAUCCAAUCUUUAAAACCAGUAAACUACACCAUUACUUGUUAAUGCAACUAAAUGCAACCAAAUCUCAAGGAUAAAUCUCAGAAAACGA